AUGGUAAUUUAUUGGUUCUUGCAUUCUGCGUCUCCCAAUAUUGCUAAGAGUAUCAUGUUUCGUGAUACGGGUGCUGCUAUGUGGCAAGAUUUAUCAGAUCAUUUCAAUCACAGCAAUGGACCUCGAAUAUUUCAACUUAGGGAAUUGGCCACUGUUCUCAAACAAGGAGACCAAGAUGUCCAAACUUACUUCACUAGACUUAAAGUUCUAUGGGAUGAGUUUUUUGAAUUUCACCCUACUGUUGUCUUUACCAGUGGUGCCAUGGAGAAACUAAAUGAUUUUUACAAUCUUGAUCAGGUUCUCCAGUUCCUUACAAGUUUGAAUGAAUCAUACCAUCCUAUUCGUGCUCAAAUUCUUUUGAUCGAACCUCUUCCCAACAUAUCCAAAGUUUUUUCUAUGGCCGUUCAAGAAGAAAGACAACACACUCUUGGCUCUACAACUAUUCCAACCAUUGUUGCGACAGCAUCUACUAGCGAUACUCAACCUUUAAGACCAAAGAAGCUUCGGCCAAUCUGCAUUCAUUGCAACAGACCUGGACAUUUAAUUGACAAGUGCUACUUCUUGCACAGUUUACCCUAG